CUUCUGAAGCCUAUGCAGCUAUAGUAUUGAUUCUAGUUGGUUGAUUACCCUCGCGGGAAGUUAAAUCCUUUUAAAGUCAAUACACAAGCAUACUCCUUUUGAAUAUAAAGUAGAAUUUAAUCUUUGUUUUUACAGUUUUGAUCAAAAAAAAAAUCUUUGUUUUUACAGCAAUGAUAUUUCGGUUUAACCUGAGCUUUUUUUUUUCUGGAUCAGAGAUUAUAUGGGACUGAGAUUGUGGAACUCAUAAAUAUGGAUAUGCUGAUGUUCUAGCCUAAGCCAUUGAUUCCUAGAGAUGGGUUUCAGCAACCCUUCGCUAAAAUCGAUCAUCCUUUGGUUUGCAGCCGUUACGUCUCCCUUAAUUAUCUCCGUUAUCUUUAUCUUUUUAUGUAUGUGUUUCCUCAAACGCCGUAGGUUUGUGGAUGUAUUAACGGAAGCAGAAGAUGACCACCACCACCGCAGAAGAGAACCACCGGGCCAAGGGCUUAGCGCUUCCGUGAUUGCAGCCUUUCCAACGUUUUCUUACCAACCGGACGAUAAUGAUCCCGAGAGCAACAAUCAGGAGAUAGAAUGUCCGGUCUGCUUAAGGUUAAUCCCCAAGAAUGUCGUAGUUAAGAUUUUACCGAAUUGUAAGCAUAUGUUUGAUGAGGAAUGUAUUGGUAGGUGGCUUGAAAUGCACGUAACGUGUCCUGUGUGUCGUAGAAUGGCUGCGCCCAUGGCUAGCACUGGGGACAAGAUCUUAGAAAGCAUAGUAUAGCUGAUGGUUAAUUAUAUAUGUUAGUUUAUAUAGUUUUUCUUUUUGUUAGUUUUAAUAUAUAUGAAUGAUUUGAAAAUUUGCAAAUGA